UUUGAAAGAUUAUUACGUCAUUUUGCAAUUUUAGGAUUGUUAAUGUUUUCAUCAAUUUGGGGUUUAUUGGCUCGUGAAGGUUUGAUUGCAUUGAAUACAUACUCUGGUAUGAGUAUCGAACCUACAAUAUGGGCACAAGCAGUAGGUUGUUUAGUGAUGGGCUGGAAUGUGGCAAAUAAAGAAGAUUUAGAGAAAUGGUAUCCUCCCGCAUUCAUUGCUAUCGGAACGGGAUUUUGUGGAAGUGUAACUACGUUUUCAUCUUGGAUCUUGCACGUCUUUCAGGCUUAUGGUAAUCAAAAGCACUACAACAGACAUGGAUUACACAACGUAAUGGAUGCUUUAACCCAAACCGGCGCAACUAUUGGAAUGUCACUCAUCUCACUAUAUGCCGGAAGAGCAUUAGCAUCGAUCUUACCUGCCAAGCCGGUUCUCGUACUCUUUGAGCGAUUUCAGCACUCUAUAGCACCAAGACGGACCGACAAACAAGUCAACGGCCAUGCAAACGGUGAGCCAAAGCCGAGACAAAUUCAUGCUGAUUCACAAGUCCCAUACACAAGAGGACCGGAUCUAUUCUGCAUCUUGUUGGGCAUAAUAUUUUGGGCUGCUUCGGCUGUUUUAUGUGGCACAUAUGAACCUUUUCGACAUGUCACUUACGCCGUAGUUCUAUCGCCACCAGGUGCAAUUAUACGAUGGUACCUGUCAAGAUUCAAUUCAUAUCCCAUCAGCAAGAGAAAGCCAUAUUGGCCUAUCGGUACACUUUCGGCCAAUUUGAUUGCAACUGCAGUUUUGGCUGCUGCUUUUGUCGGACAAAAUGUGGGUCGAGUGACCGGAGUAGGUGGUGGAGGCGUGCAUACAGUUGAAGGAUGCCAUGCUCUUUAUGGUGUUCAAGAAGGCUUUUGUGGUUGUCUGUCCACGAUCAGCACGUUUGCAGUCGAAUUGGACAAUAUCAAGCCUCGUCGGAGAGCGUUUGGCUAUCUUUUGGGAAGUUAUGUGUUGGGAAUCAUACUUUGCGUACUAAUCAUAGGAGCACCUUGGUGGAGUAUAGGAAUGAUGGGAAGUUGCGUAGGU